UUGAAUUGGUUGUAAGACGGAUGCUAUUCAUUGUCGCACACCGGAAAUUAUGUUGUGUUUACUUCUGUGUUGCGUACUGUAAAGAUGUCCACAUGUGCGGCUGAUGAUAUGAGCAACUGAACAUACAAAAAUGGACGAAGAACACACUAGUGACUACAAGGAACCCUGCGUGCAGUGUUCUGCUGUGGACUGGGGCAUCACAGACGAGGGCCAAUUCUACUGCAGGUCCUGUCACAACGUGAUUGAGAGAACCCAAGAAUUUGUGGAUUCAAGUUACAUUGCCAACAGUCGGGCCUCUUCAAUCUCCAAGGGUGUGAAAAAGAACAAAAAAUUAGAGUACGGUCGAGAGUGGCUGGUGUGUGAGGGCUUUCAGUUCAUCCUCAAACACCAGGCAGAGGCCCUCCUUGCCAUAGGAGUCUGUCUGCAGUUCAAGGAUGAGGUGUUGUGGAAUAUGUGGAGGAAGUAUCUGCAGAAGAGUCGACAGGCCUACACUAGAAGACCAGUGCAUGCUGGGAGAUUCCAGUUGGGCUCUGACUCAGAGAGUGCCCCGGAGUCUCUGCCCCCCCUGUGUGACUCCUCCAUGCUGUCUGGGACUGAGACCGAGGGAGAGGGAGAGGGGGCCAGCAUGCCCAGUUCCCUCUCAGGCUGGUCUAGUGAAGGGGCCUCCUCGGUGUGUUCUGGCUCCCUGGACGCUGGAUUCUACAGCUCCGCCCGCUCCAGGAAGUCCCUCAGCCUGAUGACCAUGCCCAUGACCCUGGCCUUCUGCCACCUCGCACUGCUGUGGGCGCGAGAGGCGCUCACCCUGGCCGACUUGCUCCGGUUUGUGGCAGAGGGUCAUGUCCCAUAUGUCAAUGCCUACCAGGGCUUUCCUGAGGAGAUGAAGCCAUACGGGAGAGACAUCCAGGUGUUCAGAGUGCAGUCCAUUCCCACCCAUCAGAAGGUCCAGAAGGAGGCUCACAGGCUGGCUGUGUUCCUGGGCCUUCCCCAGUUCCCUGCCAUAACCCCGGACUGCCUGCUCCACCCUACCCCCUUGUGUCUCAGAUACCUGAUGGAGGCCAACCUCCCAGAUGAGCUGCAUGGCUGGGUAAGCAAGGUGAUAGAGCAGACUGGGAUUGGAGCGGAGGCCUUCCUGACCUAUGACCCCACGGCAAAGAGAGCCCAGCUCCACGGCUAUGACGUCCAGGCCGCGGCCCUCAUAAUAGUCACGAUGAAACUGCUGUUUAAGCUAGAUGACAAGGUGGAGUGGAAGUUAUGCAAUAAAGCUGAUGACAAAAGCAAGAAAAACCAAGGGGACAGGAGCUUCAGCUUACGGACAUGGUACAAGACGGUCCAUCAUGCUUUGGAGUCGGCCAGAGAGAGGGAGGAGCAGGACUUGGCCAGGUGGUCAUGGAAACCAGUCAAGCCCCUGUAUCCCUCCAAGAAAGAGAAGUCUGUCGUCCUCAAACGAAGACGUGUGGUGGAAGAGCUGCAGGCUAACUUCCAGAGGCUGUGUGGCUCAGGCCCCGGGCCCCGGCCCCAGCCCCCCUCCAGCUUCCGUUUGCAAUGGGGCGAGGACGGCACAGACGGGCCCAGCUUCCGGCAACAGAGCCUGGACCAUGUGACCCAGGAGAGACGCGGGUCCUCUCGCCUGGCCAACCCCCAGUACUGGCACACUGCGCUGAGGCCAUGUCACCCCCGCCAUUGCAGUGACCACUUCGUGGAGGUGGAGCCCACCUUGCCCAGGUCCUACGUGUGGGUGCUGGGCCUGUUCUCCUUCCUGCUGGGGGUGAAGACGGCCCGCGUGCACGCGGAGGUCUGCAGCGUGGAGAGACGUCUCCUUAAGAGCAGGACCGCAGCAGAGAGCAGGCCCGCAGCAGAGAGCAGGACCGCAGCGGGGAGCAGGGCCGCAGCGGAGAGCAGGACCGCAGCAGAGAGCAGGCCCGCAGCCGAGAGCAGGACCGCAGCGGGGAGCAGGACCGCAGCAGAGAGCAGGACCGCAGCAGAGAGCAGGACGGCAGCGGAGAGCAGGCCCGCAGCGGAGAGCAGGACCGCAGCGGAGAGCAGGACCGCAGCAGAGAGCAGGACGGCAGCGGAGAGCAGGGCCGCAGCGGAGAGCAGGGCCGCAGCAGAGAGCAGGACCGCAGCGGAGAGCAGGACGGCAGCGGAGAGCAGGACUGCAGCGGAGAGCAGGACGGCAGCGGAGAGCAGGGCCGCAGCGGAGAGCAGGUCCGCAGCAGAGAGCAGGACCGCAGCGGGGAGCAGAGCCGCAGCAGAGAGCAGGGCCGCAGCAGAGAGCAGGGCCGCAGCGGGGAGCAGGUCGCAACGACCAACGAGGGGGAAGAAACGAACGGCUCCACCUGACGAGUCGACGGGGUUCCUCCACAAAGCCAGCUGAACGACGUUUGGAAUUGGUUUUGAAGACUUGCUCGCUCGCGUUUCUGUUGCCUGCUGUUCGUACAGACUUUCUCUCAGGGAACUCGCCGGGAAAGGACGAUUUGCAUUUGUUAUUUCUGAAUGUAUAAUGUUAUCAAUAAAUCUGUAUUUUUUUAAGUAA